CAAUCAAAGGAGAGAAGAGCUAUAAAAGGAACACAUCCUUCCGAUCAAGCAUGGAACAAAUCUUUUCUUGCCCUCUACAAAUCGGUUGAAGAGAAGGAUUCAUUUGUUACAUAUUGCUUCACUCAAGAAUUGCCUCAUUUCACUCAAAACCAUCGUUGAAAUGUCUUGCAGAAUGGAAAUCUUGCCGCUUCAGCCGCAACAUAUGAGCAAUUCAAGGCAAAGAACGAAUUAUAAAAGGCAAUCACUUUUGAACAUCCAUCAAUCCAUUCAUACGACCAUCGGAUAUUCCGUCGCCAACAGUACUUCUACUACUUUAAAUCAUCAUUCUACUUCUUUUGAAUCACCGGUUUUCGGUCUUCCACAGUCAAAACCUCUUCCUCCUUCCCCUCAAGAACAACUACAGCUACAGCAGCAUUCAAGAUCAUUUUCCAUCUCUCGACUUCCUCCCACACCUAUCAAAGAGCGUUUUUCAUUCUUGGAAUUCCAGAAAAAGAUGCUAUCCAAUGCCGUGCAAAAUCGAAAAGUUCGAAAUCUUUCCAGUGCAUUUGGUUCAAAUGGCGUUACGGGCAGGGUGAAAAGUUUGACGUUGAAAAGCGGAAGGAGAAGCAAAGACAAUUUGAGAGGGACAGGAAAUGAUGAAGAUCCACUGAGUAUUGCUCUAAGGCCUCCCAAUAAUGAAACCGAAGAAGAAAAACAAGAACGCAUACAGGCUGAAGUGGCUGCAAAAAAGAGAAGUGAUGAUAUCGAUAAAACAAUUCGAGAAGAAGCAAGUCGGGCAAAAGAUGAUCGAACGGCAGAAAAAACGAUUCUCUUACUUGGUCAAGCAGAAGCAGGGAAGACGACAAUCAUGAAACAGAUGCGUAUGAUGUAUGCGCCCGAAAGGCAAGAGAGGCUUCGUAAUGCAUGGACGGAUGUGAUUUAUCUCAAUAUAGUGUUAGCCGUGAAAAGACUGGUGGAAGUACAAACGAUGCAAAAUGGUAAGAGCGCUAUUAGGAGGAUGGAUAGCACGCAAAGCAUAUCAUCUCCCGUUCUCUCAAGCCUGAGUCCGAGUCGAGCUACAUCACCAACACAUCAAACAUUUGAAGAAGCGAAAAAGAGUCAUUCUCAAAACUCCAAGAUGCUUUUGCUUAAGUUGCGCUUUGCACCACUUUUAUCAAUGGAAGCUGAACUACGCGGAAAGCUUGGAACGCUGGAUGAAACCGUGAUUCAACAGAGAAGACCGCAACAAGAAGUUCGUCGAUCGUCCAGCUUCUCUCAUGAAAGCUUAACCCUAUCCUCGAAACUAUCUCCUUUGGUCCUCAAGGCCAAUUGGCAGGAUAAAAUGCUAACAGACUAUUAUCAAGACGAAACGGAGCAACACACUUUGACCGAGUCAACAGCACGCAAGAGCCUUUCCAGUCGAUUUGCACGAAAAGCUGCUGGCCGUUCGCUAUCGAAUGCAAGUACAGACACAACUUAUCAUAGUGGUGGUCUUCAAGAUGAGACAACUCAACCGAUGCGCAAAAAGAUGUACUGUUUGUUGGAUGCGACGAAGAAGGAUAUCAUAGAUCUUUGGAGAAAGUUUUGCAAGGGUGACUUGGUCAAAGAUUUCUCCAACGAUUCAACAGCCUACUUUCUCAGUAACAUCGAACGAUUUGCUUCACCUGAUUUCAAGCCGACUGAUGAUGACAUCUUGCGAGCUCGUGUUCGUACGCUGGGCGUAUUUGAAGAACGAUUUUACGUCAAUCGUCAUAUGUCUUAUCGGAUCGUUGACGUUGGCGGUAGUCGAUCACAAAGAAAUGUCUGGGCACAAUUCUUCUACAAUGCAACCGCAAUUAUCUUCUUGGCGCCCAUUUCUGCAUUCGAUGAAAUGCUCAGCGAGGAUGUUGAGACAAACAAGGUUGUUGACAGUUUGGAAAUUUGGAAACAGAUCGUCAGCAGUCCGCUGUUGCUAAAAGUGUCUUUGAUUUUAUUCUUGAACAAGAUGGACAUACUCGAACUCAAGCUGCUGAAGGGCAUUCGAGUUAGAGAUCACUUCAAGCGAUAUAAAGGACCAAAUGAGUUUGAAGAUGUAUGGAGGUACUUCCGUUCAUUGUUCUUGCUCGUUGCCCGUGAUCAGGAGGGAAAAGCUCCAACCCGUAGCUUAUACGUUCAUCGAACUACAGCAACCAGUACAACGGAAAUCCGAUCAAUUCUUACUUCAUGUCAGGAUAUUAUUCUCCGCCAACAUUUACGAGAUUCUGCAUUGACAUGAUCUCAGUAGUCGCACUUAUCACUCAUUUACACGCUGCUGAAUGUGAACAAUA